AUGCUAGCACUGCGUCGCAGGGCCUCCAAAAGGCGUCAGAAAGAACACCAGGGGUGGGUCUCAUACAGCAGGCUGCGCUCGCAGAAUGCAGCCAAUAGCGUGGCGCCACAUGGCGGGCUGGCAGGUGACCAGGCCUUGCAGAAGGUGGUGGCUGGGCUGCAGUUUGACUGCCAGGUAGGGAGUGAACUGUUGCGGAAGAUGCGGUGUAAAUGGGCCCUGGCAGCGCUGUUUGGAGCUCGCCAAGUGGCGCAAGCUCAGCGGGCGCUGGCGGAGGAGGCGCUGUGGAGGCAGAAGGAGCCCCUCCUCCGCCCCUGCUUCUGGGCCCUCUGGCGCAACGUACUGCGCCGCCGCACCAAACACACCGGCACUGCCCGCCCCCGUGCCACUGCCCUCUCCUUCUGUCGGCGUCGCACUCUGGAACGCUUCCUCAGACGAUGGAUGGCCUACUCGAGAAGACGGAUCAUUCUUUGGGCGACGCAAGAGGCUGCGAUGGAGAAAUUGAGACGCAGAGUGCUGAGAAACGGAUUGAGGGGAUGGAGAGCUUGGCAAAAGAAGAAGGUUUGGAUGAGGGACGCGGUUGAGAGGGCGCGCGAGUGGAAGGAGAGGCGGCAUCUAAGGCUGUGCUUUUGGGGAUGGCAAGGUGAAGCCGGCAAGAGGAGAACGUUGCUGGAGCGAUUGAUGUCCCCUGGAGCGAGGAACAAGGGUAGCGAGCGCGUUUUCACCCCUGCCCACUACCACGCGUCCCCCUCAUGGGCGCCGAAAAAAGCACGCCACGUGGCAUUGGUCUCCUUCAGCCACGUGGCAGCCCACGAUCUCUCCAGCCCCAGGGGCCCUCUCGAUCCGGGCGUUUCUCACUGGGCCGUAGCGCUGCUUCGAAAGAUCGAUUCUGCAAUCGAGAUCCGAACCGCUCAACAGUCGGCCGGACUUGAAGAUCUGCCGAAGGAAAAGCAAGAGUACGGUCAGCUUCGCUCUGUUUUCGCGUCGGCGUCAGCCGGGGGAAUCCGGAGCAGCCAGCGGCAAGAAAACGAGAUCACAGCAAACACGUCAGAUCCUCGGACGGGAGUGUUCACAAUGGAGGACGCGUGUGAGCUCUAUCACGCUCGCUCUGUUGCUCAGAGGGCACUCCUCGCCUGGAAGAAUGAGUGUGAACGCACUCGAAGUGCAAUGGACUUCGCACGUGCGUCUGAAGAGGUUCUUAGAGCAACGAGAAUACUUCGCGGGUGGCUGUCUAGCCUUCGGCGGCGAAAGAAUGCCGCAGAGUCGCAUUGGCGGGCGGCAGUGAUUUUGAGAGUAUUCAAACUCUGGAAGAAGCGCGCCCGACAGUCUGCGCUCCUCAGGGAGCAACUAGAGGCCGCCCUGAGGGGCCGGAGACACCGGUCCCUGAGCCUGGCUCUGUGGGGCUGGCGGGAGUGGGGUGUGAAUAAGCGCAGGCAGCGGGAAAGGAUUGCAGAGGUGGAAGUUGAGAUACUGCGCAGGCGAUUGGAGGCAGCGUUUGGAGCGUGGCGGGGGGAAGCCGCGAGAAAGGGGAGGAAGAGAAACGCAGUUAGGAGGGGGUUAAAGGCGGGUUAUGGGCGGGUUUGGCGGCACUGGGCGUGGCGCGCCAAAGCGCGGGUGCUUCUGCGGCGGGUCUUUGCAGAGGCGGAGGCCCGGUGGACUGUCGCCGCGCGCUUCCCAAGCCACCACUCGGAGUUCCAGGCCGCCCUGGUGUGCUUCGCCACCUGGCGCGCGUUCACACUCCAUCGCGCCGCUGACCGCGCCGAGGCGGUGCGAACGGGCGCCGCUGACGUGUACAACCGGGCUCGUUUGCUGACCAAGGCCUUCCAGGCUUUGCGGAUUCCGGUCGACGAGCACCGGGCGCAGAAAAAGGAGGAGCUGUUCCGGCGGAAAAUGCUGUGGGCGUGGCGGAAGUGGGCGGAACGGAAGAAGGACGGAGCGACGGCAAGGGUUUUGGCGAGGUUCAGGGUGGCAGCUGGCGGGCGGACGGUCGGGGAGUUCAACCGGGCGCGAGUUCUGCGGGGUUUUGUGCGGGUUUGGAGGCGGGCUACGGAGGAGAAACGUGCGCGGGCGGAAUCGUACCGGGCGAGAAGUUCUGUGAAAAGGGCGUUAAACGGAUGGGUAAAGAUUAGGGAGGAGAGUCAAGAACGGGUGGCUGUUCACACCAGAAGGUGGGAACGGGUGGAAUUAGGUGGCGUGUUGAACGAGUGGAAAAAAUUGGGGUUGGAGAGGAAGGAAAGGGAGCGGAAAGUUGAGGUGGGGAAAAGGAAGGUUGGACGGAGAUUACAGGAGGUGGGGUUGGAAGCCUGGAAGGCUUACAGCGAAAGCAGGCGACACAAGCGCAGCGUCUCCCUCCUAGCGCGUAAGCACGCGUCCCUUCUCCUGAAGCGCCGCACCUUACGCUCCUGGCUGGCGCGUUUCGCGUGGAGAGACCUCAAAGAACGGGCCAAUCAGCUGCGAGAGCACAGGCUCAAGCGCGCCACGUGGCGCGCUCUCAUUCGCCACACGCGGGAGUCGCAGGUCGUCCGGGACUUGGUCAUUGGGUCCCGCACACGGGGCUUCAGCGUGGCGACCAGCUUGCACUCCUCGCGGGCCAGAGUGUCGCUCCUUGGAAGCGGUCGGGUGACGCCUAGGUUUGGGCAAGGAACGCCCAAGUCUGGCCGGGAUACGCCAAGACUUGGUCGGGCGACUCCGAGAGCUGCUCCGGGGAAGUUGAAAGCCGGGGGGGAUCCCCCAAAACCUGCUCGGAAGACGUCCAAUUCAGCGCUAAAAACAACAAAAAGUGAUCGGAAGGAACUCACAUCUGGCUGGGUCACGCCCGAGUCUGGCCAAGAGACGCCAAGCCUUGGACGGGGGACGCUGACAGCUGCUCGGGAGGGUUCGAAGAUAUGCCGGCAGGCCCCAAAUCCUGCUCGGGAGACGCCCAAUCGAGCUCCGGACAGUCCAGAGUCUGAUCAGCAGAAACCCACGUCGAGUCGGGGCACGCCCAACCCAGCUCGACUUAUCGAAGAAUCUGGUCGGGAAGAGCUCAAGACGGCGACCAACUUCAGUGAAGGACAGGCGCUUCGGUCGGCCCGGGGCGUACCGCAAACGUCUCGGUUUGCUGCGCUGGAAGAAGGGGAGAAAAGGACGCGAAAGAGCGGGAUCAGACUUCGCAAGAAAGGGUUCUCGGAAAAUGUGAGCUCAGGAUUGACGGCGAUUGGGGUUGAGGGUCAGGGAAAGGGCAGCGGAAAGGUCACGGAGAGGCUGAUCUCCGAAGGGAGAGCCGUCGACAAAGGCGGAGCUUUGCGAAGAGUUGCCGGCUCUCUGAACGGUGGACACGUGUCUCCGCGCGUUGCUCGGGUGGAAUCUGAGAGUGUCAGGGCGACGUCUCGGGGGCCGUCCGAAUUCGAGACGACGCUGAAGACGGACAAAGCGUCAGCAGAGGGUGAGGAGUCGGCGCUGACGUCAGCAGCGGAAGAGGGCCCGGCGCUGACGUCAGCAGGCGGUCUGCGGGAGAUUGCGGGUGACGAUGAUGGUCUGGCUGGGUGUGCUGAGCUUCAAGAGCGGGCUGAUCUAGAGACAGAGGGAAGACGACUCAGGGGGGGGGGGCGGUUAGCCCCGGAGAUUUCUACUGGUUCAGAUUGUAUGGUGCUUGAUUCACCGCAAAUGGAAUCCCCCAGCGCCAUGGUUGCUGAUUGCGAGCGAGAAGUGACCGGCAGAAUGGACGUCAGGAGAGAGCCUUUCAAUGAACGGUUGUCCGUGAGUGGCGAGAUAGUGACGGAGGCUCGGGACGUAACGGCCGGGAGAAACGGUCCGGGGCGGAAAAGUGUUUGCGGGAUCCGGAAGGAGCGCUCGGGGCAACCAGUGUCAGCACGGCACGUGGCUGCUGACGUGUCGCCUGUUGAAAGCGAAACGCUUGCAGGAACAGCUGAAAGGAUAGAGGGGCCGAAGAGGGGCGGAGGUGCAGAAAGGAGGGCGAGACGGGACCCGGAAUCAAACGUGGGGCGGACGGAAGCCGCUGGAUCUACGCGAGUGGAUGCAAUUUGGGAGAGAGGCGAAGUGGGAAACAGAGGCGCAACGCUGCGUCGAGAAGAAGCGAAAGCCGGGGAUAGGGGCCGGAAUAGCUAUCAGGCGACAGGUGGAGCCCAGAGGGAAGUAAGCGGUGGUAUGCCCAGGAGCGAAAAGAGAGGGGCAGGGACGGGUGCGCGGACGGCGAAGAAUCUUGCGGUGCUUUCGCCGCAGUCUGUGGGCGGUUUGUCGCCUUGGGAGGGAGCGGAAAGUGUGUGGUCGCCGGAGGGGAUCCCUUCGAGAGGGCAUGCAGUUUCAGCUGAAAGCGGGUGCCCGCCUGAACACGACGGCCCGGGGGGUUUCUGGCUCGGCACAAACGACCCUCCGGAAGAUAAUGGUGGGACGGAGUGGCUCAGAAACCGGGAGACAUCCUUGGCGGCCGAUCAUCUUGACUUGGAUGGAAACAGAAUCCAGACUGACCAGAAGACGACAGUUUUGCCAGCAGGGGGGGACGGGAGGACACGUGGCAGCCGAACAUUCGUCGAGGCCGAGCACGGUCGAGGGGCCCAGGGACGAAUACAGGUACAGGAGAAGGUCGAGCUACGUGAGGGUGUUCCCCAAGAGUGGGCGGACGGAUCGCGAAGGGACCGGAAUGAAGCGGCGGGUGGAGCGGAAGGAGCGGACCAUAGGAAGACCGCAGGAAAUCUGCGGACGGCGAUCUGUGACGGAGGGCGGAAUCCGGGGAUCCGGGAGAGCGGAAUGGAGGACGGAAUGGAAGGCGUCGUCUGCGCCCCAGGGGAAGUAAACUUGGUAGAAUCGGGGGAGGAGACCAGUGACCGCUGCUGGGAAGAGACUGGAAUGGACGACUGUCGUUUGGCCAGCGCGAGAGGGCUGGGACGUGCCAGUAUCGGCAAUGUACAUGUGGCUACUUCUCGACAAUCCGACGGACAAUUUGACGGAGAGUCUAAUAGACGGAUUGCCGGAAAUUCGGACCGACAAACGUUGGGUGAUGAACAGAGGGACGCCGUGGAGUUCAGCCGGGGGGGUUAUUGCACGGUGUGGGCUAGGCCCCCAAAACAAAGCGCCUCGCUUGACGAAAACGAAUGUCAAGAGUGGCCGGCGAUAGAAUCGUUUGCUCGGCUGCUGCCGUCUUCCGGUCGCCAGGAAAGGCGGAGUGCGGCGGAGCAGGAGGGGGCCUUUUCACACCACGAGGAAUGGCAGCCAGACCUUCAGUCAGCGGACGGGUGUGAUGAGGCUCUGGGUGAGGACAAAUUGGCGCCUUUCCGGGAGUUGAGAUUGAGUGCUGACGAGGGCAGUGACCAAUGGGACCGAGAAUCUUGCAGCUCACAGGAUGAAGGGCGAGCUGACGUCGCCGCGGUAGAUGUAUUGGGAAACGGUGUGGCAGGCAAGCGCACAAUCGCAAAGCCGCUGAGCAUUGCCGGACGCGGAAGGGUUAGCGGCAGGAGCAUCCGUGAUCCACCGGAUGCCCCAACGGGUGUGAAUGAGGAGGUUGGAGCGAUAGGGGACUUUCCGUUUGGGUUGGAAACGGAAGAGCGGAAAAGCUGGUCUCUGCAAGGAGACGGUAAUUGGGACGUCCGAGAACGUGGGGUUGGGGCCGGUGAGCUGCUUUCGGGGCGUCUCGAAGCGGAUCGUUUCUGCGAAACGGUCGCCCCGGUUCGAAACCCCUCGACAGCUGCGGCUACCGAGGAACAAGGUCGGAGGAGAGAGGAUGUGACGGCUGGGGUGGCGGUCAGGAAGAGCGCGGCGAGGUGGCCGCCUGACCGGUUGCCACGUGGCAUCGCAGGAUUGUCUGCGGGGGCUUUAGAAAAGGAGACGGCGGGAAAGACUCGUCACGGCAGUCUCGUGAGAUGGCCUCCGGGAGCCUUUGAGAGCAGCGGGUCUCGAAGGAAUUCUGGAAAAGGUUACGAGAAUGGUAACGAUGUUCUUCCGCCCAGUUUUGAAUCCCCGGGUGCGAAGCAUAGGAGGGCGAGCGCGCCUUCCGUCGCUCUAGAAGCGGCUGGGGAGACGCCAACCGGGCCGGAGCUUGUGCGGGGUUUCAGAGUUGUCGAGCCUGACUGCGCGCUGGGGCCCAGACAUUGUACAAACAGUAUUCCGCAAGGUAAUGAUGACUUACAAGCAGAUUGAGACCGCAUAGCUAGCGUUCCGACCUGACGGUUAGAAUCCACUACUUGGAGCUUAAAGGUGUCGGGACAUGGGUGUUGAGAAGCAGCACCGUCGUGAUUGAGCGAGCGCGUUGGAGAGUCG